UUUUGGUCCUUUAAAUUCACCUAAAAACACAGAGUUUGCUAAUUGCCACAAACUGGCAAUAAUUAGACAAUUUCAAUGUUAAAUUUCAAAAUAAAUACCUAUUGCCGCUUUAUAAUCACAUCCAAACACGGUUCACACGCCAUCUCUUAAGUACUCAAUCAAAUAACUUUUAGCCUUGAUAACAAUGGAAGCUUUCAUGAAGCGAUAUCGAUGGUAAAAUUUUGCCAAAAGUGACCUCAAAACGAAACCCUUUGACUACAAAUCAUUAUACUUGCUAAGAUGCACUAUCUGAUUGGAUAUAUCUAGUCUCGCUUAAAUUUGAAUGUCUCACAAUUGGCAUUAAAAUUGCACAAAGCAGGGAUAGCAACUUUAUACUCCCGGUCAGCAAAAUGAUGAUUUGUCCCAGUGCGUGAAAUAUUUGUUCGACAUUUACAUUUCUUCUCGGUUUGACCACUCGGUGGAAGAGAAUUACAUCGGACAUGGGGUCAUUGAAGUGCCCUUUGUGUUGUAACAAGGAGUUCCCGAACCGGCGCUCGCUGCAGCUGCACUUGCUGGACACUCUGGAACUUCUCAAGUGUCCCCUGUGCAGCAAGAGCUACCGCAGCAUCAUCGGACUGGUGCAGCAUCUGAGCCUUUCUAGUUGCUCCGUCGAGACCGGCGUUAACUUUGACGAUCACUUCGUCACUUACGUCGAUUGCUCUUUUAUGAAAAAACCCAAGCAGGAGGUGGUUUCACCUACUGGGGAGCAGUCAAAAACUUUUCAAUCUGUUGAAGAGAAAGUCUGUGAAAAUAUGCGUAAAAUACACGGCUCUGAAGAAGAAGCAAGGGGCUCAUCCAAAGGAGAAGUGAUCGUGCCUGAUUCUAAUUCACAGAACUUGUUGAUACAAUGCACUGACACCAACGAGAUUAUCUGCAUAAACCUAGAAGGAGCCAACCUUCAAGGCGCGGGAGCUUAUGCCGUGUUGGAUGAUAAAAUCAUUCAGAAGACUUUAAUAUCACCUGCAGGGAACCAAAAAUUACCUAAUCAAAUGGAUCCUUCUAAAACGGUUUCAGUACCUCAACGCAAGAGCUGAUCCACGGUUGUGUACUGAUUAUGCAUGGUCGAGUCUCUCAUCCAGAGUGGGAUAUAUGGAAGUAGAGGCCUUUCAACAGCUAGAUACCAAAAAUAAUCAUUGCAAUAUUGCCUCCUUUCAUGUAAUUUAAGGUGUGCGUCAGUCAAGGAUAAGUGAGAACUCAAGGUGGCAGGUGAAGUCUGCAUUGUUGUUGACGUGUUUUAGGUGCUGUGUUUUUUAAAAUGUCAAUGUGUGCUCUUUUUUUUCAGUAGUUGAUACGCAUAAAUUGAUAAUCAUAUAAAUAACAAUUAUUUAUUGUACAAAGUUUAACACAUACAAAUACAAACGUUGGAACAUUUCAAACGUAAUUGUGAAAACCAUCA